CCCUCCACUCGUUGUUGUUGUUUGAGCGGUGAUGGAGAAGCCGGGGGACUGCUACCGGCGCCGCUAGCUAGCAACGAUUCAAGCCGACAGAGAAACGGGAGAGAAGGGUAGAACAUACACGGAUAACCGGACAUGGAGACGGUUGAGCAGCUCGUCUCUUUCCACCACAUUCAGGUCCAGUUGAGCGGGGGCGCGCCUUGGGGGUUCACGCUGAAAGGAGGGCUCGAGCACGGCGAGCCACUCAUCAUCACUAAAAUCGAGGAUGGAGGGAAGGCGGCGCUGUGCAAGAAGCUGAAAGUGGGCGACGAGCUCAUCAACAUCAAUGGAUCCGCCCUCUACGGCAGCAGACAGGAAGCCCUCAUCCUCAUCAAGGGAUCGUACCGGAUACUGAAGCUCGCUGUCAGGAGACGCAGCGUUCCUCUCAUCAGGCCUCACUCCUGGCACCUGGCAAAGCUAUCGGAGCUGCCCCUCCCUCCCCCUCCCCCUCCUCCGUCUCCUCCGCCCUGCCUCCCCCCUGCCGACUCCCCUCCUCUCCCCCCUCCUCCCCCUCUGUCUGCCAUGCAGCUCCACCCCGGCCCCUACACACUACCCUGGCACACAACCGACAACAGUGACUUGACCUUGCAGUGGGGCCAACUGUCCAGACCUUACUCCUCCACAGACCGAAGCAGUUCCCUGGGCUCCAUGGAGAGCUUAGACACACCGACACCCACCAUACAGCCGUACUCCGACUCCCAUAAUUCACCCGUUGACCCCACCCUCUUCAACAACAAGAGAGACUCUGCUUACAGCUCAUUCUCUGCCAGCUCAAACACAUCUGACUACGCAACAGUGCCACUAAGGCCCGGUGAAGCCUGCUCCAUGGAUAACAUUCUCCAGAGUCUGGGGCCGGCUUGUCGGGGCUACCCUAGUGGUGAUACCUCAACACUGGCGAGUUCAUCGGGCGAGGCCCCAGAUGAGUUGCAGCUUAUUAUACUCAAGUCCAGGUCGCUGACCAGGCCGAGAUCCAGGCCUGUUGAGGUAAAAGAGAGGCCUUCCUCCUGCUGUUACGAGGAGGAGCGGAGGGGAGGAGACUUUGAGAUCAUAAGAAAUGGAGAAAGAGGGAGUUGAGGGAAAGAGAACCCUCCUCAGCCUCCGACCAGAAAGGACAGUUUUAGGGCAACCCGGAGUCGCCCUAAUGCCGCCAGCAAACGCUGCGUCUCUGCUCCAAUUGAAAUUUCCAGUGUUUCUUCUUACCAUGAUGAAAGCAAGUCCUCUCUGAAUGUUGAUUCAGGAAUUCAUAACGGCUUCCCUGCACCAGAAGAAGGUGGCACAACUGGGAAUUUUAAAGAGAGUAACUUAGACUCGCACUAUAUCCAAAGACAGACUGAAGACAUUAGACAUAUCAGAUCUGAUAUCAGUGCUAAUAAAGACUACAAUUCAGAGACCACCUCAGAUCACCUCUCUGACUCAGUGACGGCCUCCCUAGUCCCCAUCACCUCCUCUCGUCCUGCAGAAUCCUCCAUGGAGGUUCAAGAGCAGUCUCGUAUAAUGCUUUCUCCGACCAAGCACUCCUCUACGGGGCUUCAACGGCACAGCUCCCCUGAUAAGCUCCUCGCUACACAACUUCAGUUAUUGCAGUGUAACAGUGACAGCUCUUUAUUGGAGCCUCACAAUCAGUCGAACACUUCUGAUCCCUCCUUGUCCCCUUGUAGCAGCCAGUGGUCCCAUUCUUCAAUCCAGCACACGAGGGAAGACCAAGAAACUCACAACCACCUUCACGCCCCAUCAAACAGAUGGGGAGGCAGCCGUAGCUCAACCCCAGGAUCUGUGUUUUUGGAAGGAGGUGAUGAUGGAGAUUCAAGUGAGAGGCUGGAAGGGAUGGGUGUAAAUGGAGGCUCCCUUACCACAGUUGAGCAUCACCACCCUUGGGGUCGCUCUGUGAGCGUACCUGGGGACCCCACUGGAUCAUCAAUCCAGAGAAGAUUGAGCGCUGACCAAAUACUAGAGAGAGAUUUUGAGCCGCUUAGUGCUGCUGCCAGUGUGGAUACCUUACUGGAGGAGCACAGAGCAGUGGGUGGAGGUAAAAUUGAGGAGAGUGUUGAAGCAGCAGACAUGAAGAAGUCAACCGCGUCUAGGAACCAUCGUCGGAACCGCCGUCGUAGUGAACGAUUUGCUACCAACCUCCGCAAUGAGAUCCAAAGGAAAAAGGCCCAGCUUCAGAGGAGCCGGGGCCCAGGAGGGUUGCUCUGUAGUGGGGAAACUGUUCAGGAGGAAGAAGGUCCAGACCUCAAUGAGGAGGGCGCAGACCAAGACCUGCCUGUCCAAGAGAGAAGUACCGAAGUUGCAUUUGACUCACCUGUCAGUCCCCUAGAUGCUAGCACUACAGCACCAGUUGAGAAAGAAAACACCUCUAGUGAAUUAAACCCUAAUGACUUGCAGACUGAGUCAACGGGCUACACUCAAAACAACAACCUAUCCAGGUCUGUCCAGAUUCUGGACCCAGGAGUGGCAAGUUUUGGUGUUGGCGUCCGAGUUGUGGAGGAACCAGCUCCUGCUGGCAAAGCCCGCCGCUGGCGUUGGACCCCGGAGCAUAAACUCCAACCAGAACCCGAAUCAGACAGACGGGGUGGAGUACUGGGUAAGAAGCUGUUGGGAGUGACAGGGUCCCGGCAUGGGGUGUGUGCCUUCACCUCUUCGUCCUCUUCCUCAUAUAGUCGCUCCUCUUCCUGUUCUCGGAUAGAGGAGUCAGAUAUCCUUCCGUUUGCAGAUAGAAUGAAGUUUUUCGAGGAGACGAGCAAGGGUAUGUCUGGGACAAAUGUCUCGAGUGGCAGGCAGAAAAAAACCCUCCAUCACCCGGAACUCCAGGGAGGGGAACUUGGUCAGCACCCAACCCAAAGAAGAUACUCCUACCAGGGGGGGCUUCAGCAGGAAAGUGCCCUGCUUUCAAACACUGUGGAAGCCAGGAGGCUGUCUGUGAGUACCAGCAGGGAGAUGCAGAAAGAGAAAGAGAGAGAACAAGCGAGAGAAAGGGAGGAGAGGGCAAGGGAACGAGAGAGGGAGGAGAGGCUGAGAGAAAGGGAGAGGGAAAGACAGGAGAGGGAAUUAGAAAUGGCAAGGGUGAGGGAGAUUCAGAGGGAGAGGGAACAAGAGGAAAGGGUGAGACAGUGGGAGAGGGAAAGAGAGAAGGAGCUUGAGUUGGAGAGAGAAAAAGAGAUGGAGAGGGCCAGAGAGCAGGAGCAUCUUAAAAAAGAAAGAGAGAAAGAGCUAGAGAAGGAAAGGGAAGAUGCUCAGCUCAGCUCACAUCAGGAGUUUUAUGGCAGUUCUGGCAUCAAAGAAAGAAAUCAAGACUUCCAACAUAACUUCCAGCCUAAGCCUCAGGCGUUCUCUCAUAGCCAAACCCAGAAUCAUGUCCCGCGAUCAGCUUUUUAUCCUGUCAACACCUCUUCCCAGUCCCUGGAGAGCCAGCAACCUCUUCACCAAGGAUACACGCCUACAGAGAUGUAUCCCGCCCAGCAACAGGAAACGACCAAGCUCAACAGGAAGUACAGCCUGACUGAGAGGGACUACUCCAGCUGGAGACGGGAGUCCAGACCUCCAGAGAGCAACAACCAUCAGCACCAUCAGGCUCGAUGGGGCCACAGACAGGCUGGAGGCGAUGAUCGCAACGGCUACGCGCUCGCUCCCCCGCCGGCUCCUCUGUCACUCCGAGGACGAGCCAUGUCCGAAAACGACCUCCGCUUCGACGGCAGCCACCGCUGGUCGCCGUCGAUUUCUGUUGCGACCAGUCAGACCCUGAGCGAGGUGGAGGAAGGCGCAGGCGGCGUCAUGGGUGGAGAAGCUGUCUACGCUGCCCGGACAAACAGGAAGAAGACGCCGCCUCCACCAAGACCACCGCCCCCGAAGUGGGAGCAGUUCCACCGCAGGCGUGCGUCUCACCACACCCUGUUCUCCUCUUCUUCUUCUCCUCACUCCAUCCCUCCCGCCUUCGACACAUCAGAGGGACACUAUUCCACUCACUCCUCCUCGUGCAUCCCGCCACCUGAAACGUCCAGACAGAGAUCCUACAGCCUCCCUCCAGAGAGGCAUGACAUGUCCGAGGGCUGCCCUCGCUGCAACUGCAGCCAAACUCAGGAAUAUCCCCACACCUCCACCAAUCCCAAUCAACCAGAAAUGCAGCAGCACCCCUCCUCCCACGCUCCGUCCAAUCAGAAUCAGGUUCAGUCUCAGGACCGGUCCUUUACCGCGGCUCCACCCAGUCCCACGUUCUCCACGAGGGCCUUCAGACCGGUGGCUCCGCCCCCGAAAGAGAGUGGCAUGAGGGGCAUGUAUGGACAUCAGGAGAGGGUGGAGGUCUUAUCUUCUCUUCCUCCACCAGCAGAGAAGAGUACGAGCAGUUUAUCUGAGAUGAUCGUCAACCAGGACAGAGUAUCAGUGAAACCUCACAACCAGCAGUCCAACGUGAGACCAGGAGCCAAGUGGGAGAGAGCCCCAUCUCCCAGAGUUCAUAGCGACUCAACCCUCCCACCUGUCUUAGAAAAUGGAGGCGUCGGCAGAGUUCCACCUCCUGAAUCCUACUUCUCCAUUGACUACGAGCAGCAGCAGCUUCGUAUGAAGAGAAGCUUUCAGAACAUCGAGCCCCAGAAGAUCCCCGAACCAGCAACGGAAUCGGAGACGACCCUCAGCCCGAGUCCGGCGCACAGCCUGGACGCAGAGCUGGACAUCCCCAUGGAAACAGACAUCGAUGAUUUCCAGGAGGACGACGUGCUUCCAGACGAGCCCAUCACCAGCGAGCUCCCUUGCUUCGCGCUGCCGGUUACGGUCCUGGAGACGGAUAUCGACACCUUGCCGGACUCCACUGAGGCCUCGCCGUCGGGCAGGACGAGGUUGGAGAGCGGCUCCCUGGAGGAGGAGCUGGAGAGCAGCAGAGAGAGGCUGAGCCUGGAGGAGCUCUUCCCCCAGAGCAGUGAGGGAGAGUCGGGCAGGGAGAGCUGGAGAGGGGCCUACCAAACCACGGAGCACAACACCGACAGCUUGGACAGGCGGUCCGGUGCGAGCUCCAGCUGUUCGUCCUAUUACAGCACGUCGGCAGCCAAAGCUCAGCUCCUGUCGCAGAUGAAGGACUUCACUGAUAACAGAGAGCGGGACGAGGACGACGAGCUGACCUACAAGAAACAGCUGAUGGAGAGCCUCCGCAAGAAGCUGGGAGUGCUGAGAGAAGCUCAGAGGGGACUGCAGGAGGACAUCAGAGCCAACGCACAGCUGGGAGAGGAGGUGGAGAGCAUGGUGGUGGCGGUGUGUAAGCCCAACGAGGUGGACAAGUUCCGCAUGUUCAUCGGCGAUCUGGACAAAGUAGUCAGCCUGCUGCUGUCGCUGUCGGGGAGGCUGCUGAGAGUGGAGACCACGCUGGAUACUCUGGACCCCGAGACGGAGCACCACGAGAGGCUCCCCCUGCUGGAGAAGAAGUGUCAGCUCAUGAGGCAGCUGUCUGAGGCUCAGGACCUGAAGGACCACGUUGACCGCAGAGAGCAGGCCGUCAGCCGCGUGCUGUCCCGCUGCCUGUCCCCCGAGCAGCACAGAGACUACAGCCACUUUGUAAAGAUGAAGGCGGCGCUGCUGGUGGAGCAGAGGCAGCUGGAGGACAAGACGCGGCUGGGAGAGGAGCAGCUAAGGGGGCUGAGGGAGAGCCUGGGCCUGGGGCUGGGGCUGGGAAUCGGUUUGGGAAUGUCGAUGGGAUACGGACAUUACUGACAAAAAGAAACAACAACUAAAGAGAUGAAGAAGGGGGGUUACGUGCCACACUAAAGCUUAUUGACGUCCUGGAGUCCUUAUGCUAAGCUAAGCUAACCGUCUCCCAGCUUGUAGCGUCAUGUUUAGCCACCCAAAAUGUCAGACUGUUCCUUUAAGGAUUAGCAGAGAUCCAGAAGUUGACAGCUCCAACACCACCAGGAAGAAGAAGAAGCUGUGAUUACGGAGCGAUGAGCGUAUUGAUGGUUGUAAAAGAAUGUUUUCCCAACACAGUUAUACUCUGCUUCACGUGAUGUGCCUGAUACUUGUGCUAUAACACUCUGCUAAUGACACGACUCUUCUUCUAACACUACGUUGCCAAAGACAUUUCCUGUCCACGAAUGUGCCACUUGAGACGCUGCUUUGUUUUGUUCUUUUCUUUUGUAUUUAAAUCUCCCGGUUCAGAGAAUCGAAGGAGACUAAAGUCAACAUUGUGAGAUUGCAGCAACACACAUACUGUAUUAUUCCUACCGUCAUAUCACUUCGUAUAACCUUUGCUGUAACAUGUUCUACUGUGUGGGGUUUGAGACUCCACCGACUGUACAGAAGACACUUGUGUUUAUAAUGUAUACGAUGUGUAUAUAGCGAUUUGUUUUUUAAUGACUGGAAUUGGUUGUAAAAAUUGGUUGUAAAAGAUGAACGAAGAAGACCUGAAGAGUCGGCGUUUACUGUAUAUUUUGAUGGGGAAGAGUUUGGUUUGUUUUUGUCGUUAGCUUGUUCCGAUAUUUGGUGUUUCGCCCCCGAACGCUUCCUCCCUUUCUCGUUGAUGAGAAGUUUGAUUCCGCUCUCAGGUUUGUACGUUAAAUGUGGCGCUACAGCUAGCGGUCGGGGUAUUUUGCUAGCUUAGCAUAAAGACUAGAAACGGCUAGCCUCUACAACAGCGAUUGUAGGUAACACAUUAUAAUUACGCAGCCUGGGGAAGGGGUUAAUACUCAGAGAAAAAGUCUUAAAUUUACAAUAAAGAAACUUGAAAUUCUCUGAGAUUAAAGUCGCGAAUUAACAACAAACAAAAACAAGUUUUCCCCCGUAGAUUUGUGACUUUAAUCUCACAGAAUUUCAAAUGUACAACUAGAAACCUAAGAGAAGGUACACGGAGGCUAGCUGUUUCCACUCGUCGUGCUAAGCUAAGCUAACCAGCUGCUCGAUUUCGCUUUUUAUUUACGACAUAAAUAAGUAACUUGGUGUCGAUCUUCUCAUUUAAAUCUCAGCAAAAGAAAAACAUAUUUUAUUUCGCAAAAUAUCAAAGUAUUCCUUUAAAGCUUGAGUAAAAUAUACGUUUUCCUGUAGUUCAAAGUGCCAAAACACAAAAACACUCCCACUGACGUUCCCCAAACGUCUUUUGAUUUGUGGCGUUGCCAAAGUCUCCCGAGCUUUAUCCCGCAUCCUCAACCUUUCAGCGCCGCCUGUCUGAGUAAAUCAAAUAAAGACGAACAAACACAAACUGUCGCUCAACACGAGACGGGGGGGGGGGGGGAGGAUUCGUUAUAUACACAAGUCCACUUGUUCUGUGUUGUACAUGUCACGUGUAUUCUUGUACUGUAACGUGCUGACUUCACAAGAGGGGAAAGAAAGUUGCCUGUUGAGAGUUUUAUUUGUUUCUGUUCGUGUUUCCAACGUCAUUUUGAUUUAUUACAAUUACUUUUGUUGUGUGUAAAAUGCAUUACAAAGUGUGUAACUGCAAGAACACUCACAAGAGAAGGAGUACCAUAAAUAAUAAUAAUAGUAUUUUAAACUAG